AUGGUUAAGGAACUACCACCGCGUAAGCACAACAAGAUCGUGACAUGGGCCGAUCCGAUUGCUGAGACCAGGUUGUUUGUGAAAGAACCGUCAUCUGAAGACAUGCGUGACAUACCCGAGGACAGCGAGUAUUAUGCAUAUGAUGACAGUGAGGAAUAUGACACAGAUGACGUGUUAGAAAAUGGAGGGAUAAACCAGGGUUCAGGGGUGGCCCAGGUUACUAAGGAAAUUGUUCAUGAAGAAGAGGAGCAGAAGGAUCCAGAAACAACUGAGAUCGUAGAACAGCCAAAGCAGGAUCAGAAUAUUGAUCAGGUUCAGGAGAUAGAACAGGUUUUUACUGAAAGCAAUACUAUACUCUAUGACCUCAUAAGUAGCAGAGCUCAACUCAAAGAUCUCGAACAGAACCUUGAAGAGACCAAAAAGAGUCUCAGAACGAUAUUUGUUGCACAUGAUGAACUAAAAGCAGAUAUUGAUAAGAAGAACAUGUUACUGAAAGAGUGUACUGCAGAAUCAGAGAGAAACAGAUUGAUGUACGUGAAAGCAUAUGAAACAGUAUCUGAACUUACGAAAUACAUUCAGGUGAGAGAGCUGGCCAAAGCCGAGGACAGGGUGAAUCCCGGCAUGUCAAAUGAGCCAGUGACUCCUCCUAAGAAAAGUAUGUCAGAAAGAACAAAAAAGAAGAUCAAAUAUUACAUCACAAAGGCGAUUAAGAAAUGUGGUACAAAACCAGUCCGUGUUACCAUUCAUAGGCGAAAUAAGGCGCCUUGUGUGCUGAUGCUAACACGAAAUGAAGAAAACAAGAUACANAAUGAGCCAGUGACUCCUCCUAAGAAAAGUAUGUCAGAAAGAACAAAAAAGAAGAUCAAAUAUUACAUCACAAAGGCGAUUAAGAAAUGUGGUACAAAACCAGUCCGUGUUACCAUUCAUAGGCGAAAUAAGGCGCCUUGUGUGCUGAUGCUAACACGAAAUGAAGAAAACAAGAUACAAACGCAGGUGAUACAAUCAUGUUGA